AUGGACGACCUAAACGACAACGACAUCAGCAUGGGCGAUGUCCCCGAGGUCACUGUGGAUGUACCCGAUGACCACCAGUCCGGAGGGGAAAGGGACGUCGUCGGUGUUGCCGCCAAGCAUCGCGACGCUGAGCACAACUACGAGAUCAAAACCUUCAAGAUUCUCAAGCCCUCCGUACCCCUGCCCCGUCUCUUCGACAUCUACUUUCACCCUGAGCGUAGCCUUGUACCUGUCGUUCCUCAAGAUAUCCAACUUGACUUCUACUUCUACAUGUACAACAGCAUCGCCAGCGACAACUUUGUCGCACAGAAGACGCAGCCUCUCGACAUCAGUCGGACCAUCUGGUUCUACGGUGUGGAUAGUACUCAUGCAUUCACUAUGCAUUGUUACCAGAUCCGCUGGAACGUCAUCAUCAUGUCCUUCCUUUGGGCAACUGGAUUCGAUGAGCGGUAUUGCAAGCCUGCGUGUGGGCCUUUCAUCAUCAAGUUCAUCAAGGCCUGGAUAGAGUCACUGGUCUUUCAGCACGACAUCUCCGACAACAUCUUCGCCCAACGCGAGGCUUUCAUCAAGUUCUGGAAGAACGGCCCUUUCGACUUAUACUACUUCGGCAAGCGCGACCAGGUCAAGAUGAUCGCCCGCAUCAAACAUCUGUACAAGCAGCUUGAGACGAAAGACCUGCCCAAGCACGACGACCUUGUCAAGGCGCUACGGGACGAAACCCUUGACGAAGAGACGUUUGAGCGGUAUGGUCCUACGCUGGCCUUCCAGUGGGUUAUCGGACGAGAGAAAUAUGCGCGCGAGGAGCAAGAGGCGAUCGACUUCGACAACGAGGUCAACCAGUCUGAUCUGGAGUUGGCUGAGGCGGAUAGGGAGGUGGCGGAAGCGCAGAAGCAGGUGGAGCUCACUGCUGCAGCCCUUGAGAACGUCGACGAGAUGGAAGAAGAUGAUGAAGAGGAGGAAGAAGAUGGCUUCGAUCCCUUCCCCAAAGAGUACCAUCCUAGUCUCUCGCGUGUGGGAUGGGAUGAUGUGCAUGGUAUCGUCAUGCCACUCAUGCGACCUGUCGAUGCAUCACUUCCUCAUCCCAGGACGGUACACGCGAAACAUCGUCCCGUGGUUAACGAGAGCACAUUCUACAUCACCAGGGACCAGAUUUUCGAUCGCAUCUUGAGGAUUCGGGAUGAUGAAAUUGAUGAGUUGGGUGACAGUCUCGCGACGAUGACAACCAUGAUCAACACGAAGUUGACCUAG